UGUUUAGGGGCUCAUUGUGGCACUGCAAGACUGGGGGAGGAUUUUUUUCUCCACUCUAAAGUUUGGAAGGAGAGCACGAAGUUUUGGGAAGACGGGUGACCUAGAUUUUACUCAGACAUGCACAUCCAGGAGUGGCUGCGCUCCCUGCGUUCGGGAGGAGGUGAGCAUCUGGAGUCGGAGGAACUGAGGAGCCUGCUGCCGUCCCUGCCCUCCCUCUCCUCCCUCUCCUCCCUCUCCCUGUCCUCCAUGUCCCUCUCCUCCCUGGUAGGGCUGGGGGCGCUGGCCUCCUUCACCGCCUAUUGGCUCGUCACCCGGCCCAGACCCGUCCGCCCGCCCUGCGACCUGCAGGCCCAGUCCAUAGUGGUGGGGGGGGACCCCAGCUGCAGGCGUUCUGCUCUGCUCCCCGAUGACAACCUGCUGGACUUCUACUUCCAAGACACCAAGACAUACUAUGACAUGUUCCAGAGAGGACUCAGGAUAGCAGGAGAUGGACCCUGCCUGGGCUACAGGAAACCUGGCCAACCGUACCAGUGGAUCUCCUACACAGACGUGGCAGAGCGGGCUCAGGUGCUGGGAUCCGGCUUGCUGGCCAAGGGCUGCCAGCCCAACCCCAACCAGUUUGUGGGCAUCUUCGCACAGAACAGGCCUGAGUGGGUGAUUGCAGAGCUGGCGUGCUACACCUACUCCAUGGCUGUGGUUCCCCUCUACGACACACUGGGAGUGGAGGCAAUGGUACACAUCCUGGACAUGGCUGAGAUCAGCCUGGUGCUGUGUGAUAAGGAAGAGAAGGCCGUGGCUCUGCUGGCCAAUAAGGAGGGGGGCCUGACGCCCAGCCUCUCCUGCCUGGUGCUCUUCAACCCCUUCAGUGAGGCGCUGCUGACGCGCGCACAGCAGUGUGGGGUGGAGCUCUUACGACUGGAGGAGCUUAUGGAUUUGGGACGCCAGAAUAUUCAACCUCCAGUGCCUCCUCAGCCUAAUGACCUGGCUGUGGUCUGUUUCACCAGCGGCACCACAGGGAAGCCUAAAGGAGCCAUGAUCACCCAUGGCAACAUUGCCUCCAACACAUCCUCAGUCAUCAAGAUCCUGGAGGGCUACUUUGUGAUUCGUCAAGAGGAUGUGUCAAUCUCCUACCUGCCUCUAGCUCAUAUGUUUGAGCGAAUGAUUCAGGUGUCCAUGUUCUGUCAUGGUGCGCGUGUGGGCUUCUACCAGGGGGACAUCUCUCUCCUCAUGGACGACAUCAAGACCCUCCGGCCUUCUUUCUUCCCCGUGGUGCCCCGUCUACUGAACCGCAUCUACGACAAGAUCAUGGGUGCGGUGACGUCUCCAUUUAAGCGUGCCGUGCUGCAGUACUGUGUCAGGAGGAAACAGGCAGAGCUGAGCAGUGGGGUGGUGCGCAACAACAGCUUAUGGGACAAACUGGUCUUCAACAAGAUACAGGCUGGACUGGGGGGUAACCUGCGCUUCAUCCUGACAGCGUCGGCUCCCAUCUCCCCGGGGGUGCUCACCUUCCUCAGGGCGGCCCUCGGAUGCCUGAUCUUCGAGGGCUAUGGUCAGACUGAGUGCACUGCUGGCUGCACAUUCUCCAUGCCAGGGGACUGGAGCGCAGGCCAUGUGGGCGCCCCGUUGCCAUGUGCCAUGGUGAAAGUGACAGACAUCCCCGAGAUGAAUUACUACGCCGCGAAUGGAGAAGGAGAGAUCUGUAUCCGUGGCCCCAGUGUGUUCCGGGGGUACCUGAGGGACGAGGAGAGGACAGCAGAGGCCCUGGACAGUGACGGCUGGCUGCACAGCGGGGACGUUGGCCAGUGGCUACCCAAUGGCACGCUGCGCAUCAUCGACCGUAAGAAGCACAUCUUCAAGCUAUCGCAGGGAGAGUACAUCGCUCCGGAGAAGAUUGAGAACAUCUACACACGCUGCUCAACCGUGCUGCAGGUCUUUGUACAUGGAGACAGCUUACAGUCGCACCUGGUGGGCAUAGUGGUGCCAGACCCUGAGGUCUUCAUAGACUGGGCCAAAGACAGAGGCAUUGUGGGAUCGUACGAGGAGCUGUGUCAGAACCCAGAUGUGAAGAAGGCGGUCCUGGCGGAUAUGACGAGCGUGGGCAAAGAGGCCGGACUCAAGUCCUUUGAGCAGGUGAAGGACCUGUACCUACACCCGGAGCAGUUCAGCAUCAGUAACGGCCUGCUGACCCCCACCCUGAAGAGUCGACGGGUGGACCUGCGCAAGGCCUUCCAGGAGCAGAUCGCACGCAUGUACGGCAAAACAGCUGCCUAAUGCAGGGAACCCCCCCUCCCACACACACACACACACACACACACACACAGACACACACACACACACACCUGCGUAGGGCCUUCCAGGGAGUACCGGUAGAUCACACACAUAUACUGGCACCUAGUGCAGGGGACCCCUCUCACACACACGAGGGCGCGCACACAGAAGCAGAAGACCGGGGUAGCUGAUAACAAGUCUGUUCUGCUGCUUGGGAUGUCUACUGGUCUUGUUGUCAGGCCUGUGGAGUGGAGUUGAGUUUAUCUUGUUAGCCAUUUUAGCAGAUCACUUUUAUAGACUUCCGGCCACACUCUGUGUAUUCAGAGCUGCUUUUUUCAGAGCCCCAGAGUUCUCAAAGAAUGUUGCCUAUGGUACCCUGGGGAGCCACGUCAUUUGUUGGACAUUCUGUUCUUGUCCUGUUCUGAUAAUAGCCAACCUCACUGACAAGACUACAAUAACACACACACACACACACUUUCUCUCUCUCUGUCAAACACACACACACACACGGCAAUAAUCAGGCACUUUCUCAUCGUAGUCCACAUCUACUUCUGAUAUGGAGGUUGUGUGUGUGUGUGUGUGUGAUGGAGAUUCCCAGGCGGUGUAUCCUAUCCUGGGUAUGUGGUUUCGGGGCAGCACUAGUCCCUGGCUCCGCACAUCCGUCCAUCCUCCUCCUCUAGUAAUGUUCCGGAAAUGAUCCACAGCAAUGCGAGCAGUCUUUUUUUUGUUGGGACACUUUACUUUACUUUAGCUGUAGCGCAUAGCCCUAUCAGAAACCGCCACAAUAAGACAAAUAUUGCACAUUGAUCGUUUGAAAAAUAUUUGAAGUGUCAACACACACACACACACACAGUCCGGACCAUUUUUCCCCCUGCUAUGUUGUUGAGUUAUGAGGGAGUUUACAGUGUAAUUUAUGCAGCUUGUGUAUUAUACUGCGUCUCUGUAAAUGGAAAAGUUGUUCUUUGUUGCAUUGUUUUGUUGUACAUAAUGGAAUGUAGGAAACAAUAAAGAUACAAUCACAUGACUUGACUAAUAUCCAAUCAUAUACAGUAUACAGUAUAUAGAGGAUGUCUGGAUAGCUGAUGACUCUGAUCAGGAAUAAAAGAAAAUACACUUGU